AUGAACAGCAAUAUUCUCUUUGAAAUAUCCAAGUAUUUGGAAAGACCCACCGGAAUUAGGGCGCUAGAUCAGGCAUAUGAGAGUCCUGAAGUGCUGAAACAGUGUAGGCAAAAUGUUUCGGAGUUUUUGAACAGAAAAUUACAGACAAGACCAACGAAGAACGACUUGGAGAAGAAGAACAUAAUACGAAAGUACAUUCUAGACUUUGACUAUAUCCACACAGUGCUUGAGUCGAUAGAUUUUAGAGAGAAUGAACCAAAAAUUUCACCGAGAAUAGCCAAUAUUGCCAAGAAAAUAGACUUUGACAUCAAAAGAAAGAUGAUUAUACGUAAACUUGGGCUCGAUAGAAAUCAGUAA